CACACAUUGUACACAGAGACAGCAGCAGCCUGGGAAUCGGCACAUCUCGCAUCGAUUGCUCUUCCUAUGCGGAUGUGUUCGAUAGCUCAGCUCCGAUUAACAGGGUCUGGGUCGCUGGAUGCCACGUGAUCGGUGUCUCUGCGCUGAUUGGCCCGGUCUGGCUCGAUGUCUCUGCGCUGAUUGGCCGGGUCUGGCUCUGUGUCUCUGGGUUGAUUGGCCGGGUCUGGCUCGAUGUCUCUGCGCUGAUUGGCCGGGUCUGGCUCGGUGUCUCUGGGUUGAUUAGCCGGGUCUGGCUCGGUGUCGGCCGCAGUGUCUGUGUGUAGCUCGGUACCGGCUGUUGUGGAUCCGCCAUGGCUCAGGAUGUCGCCCGCCUGUCUAAGAACCUGCUGCGAAUGAAGGUGAGAGCGGCCCGCGGGCCAAACAUGGAGCCCUCCCCUCUCCCCCCCCCUACCCCACCUCACUGCCUGACACCACAUGGCAACCCAGCAUGGGGGGGGAUCCAUGGAGGGGGACUCUCACCGCCCACACCACAUGGCAACCCAGCAUGGGAUCCUGGAGGGACAGACAGAGUGUGCAUGGGGCAGACCUACAGACAGAGUGUGGGAUAUGGGGAUCCAAGAGUGUGUGGAUAUGGGGGACCACAGACAGCAGAGUGUGAUAUGGGGGACUACAGACAGAGGUGUGAUAUGGGGGACCAUAGACAGAGUGUGGAUAUGGGGAUCAUAGACAGAGUGUGUGAUAUGGGGAUCAUAGACAGAGUGUUACGGGGGAUCAUAGACAGAGCGUGAUAUGGGGAUCAUAGACAGAGUGUGUGAUAUGGGGAUCAGAGUGUGUGAUAGACAGAGGGGUGGGGGAUCAUAGACAGAGUGUGUGAUAUGGGGAUCAGACAGAGUGUGAUAUGGGGAUCAUAGACAGAGUGUGUGAUAUGGGGCAGACAGAGUGUGAUAUGGGGGUGAUCACAGACAGAGUGUGAUAUGGGGGGUCAUAGACAGAGUGUGUGAGUGUGUGAUAUGGGGGGACUCAGCAAGUGUGAUAUGGGGACCAGACAGAGGUGGAUAUGGGGACACAGACAGAGGUGUGAUAUGGGGGAUACAGACAGAGUGUGAUGAUGGGGGGAUCAUAGACAGAGUGUGGAUAUGGGGGGCGACAGAGUGUGGAUAUGGGGGUCAUAGACAGAGUGUGUGAUAUGGGACAGAGUGAUAUGCCAUAGACAGAGUGUGUGGAUAUGGGGGAUCAUAGACAGAGUGUGUGAUAUGGGGGGAUCAUAGACAGAGUGUGUGAUAUGGGGAUCAUAGACAGAGUGUGUGAUAUGGGGGGGAUCAUAGACAGAGUAAGUGAUAUGGGGGGUCAUGACAUGGGACUACAGACAGAGUGUGUGAUAUGGGGGACUGGCAGACAGAGUGUGUGAUAUAUGGGGGAUCAUAGACAGAGUGUGAUAUGGGGAUCAUAGAGUGUGGAUAUGGGGGAUCAUAGACAGAGGUGUGAUAUGGGGAUCAUAGGAGGUGUGAUAUGGAGCAGACAGAGUGUGUGAUAAUGGGGAUCAUAGACAGAGUGUGUGAUAUGGGGGGGAUCAUAGACAGAGUGUGAUAUGGGGGAUCUGGACAGAGGUGUGAUAUGGGGAUCAUAGACAGAGUGUGUGUGAUAUGGGGAUCAUAGACAGAGUGUGAUAUGGGGGAUCAUAGACAGAGUGUGUGAUAUGGGGGAUCAUAGACAGAGUGUGUGAUAUGGGGAUCAUAGACAGAGUGUGAUAUGGGGAUAUGUGUGGGGGAUCACAGACAGAGUGUGUGAUAUGGGGGGGAUCAGACAUGUGUGAUAUGGGGAUCAUAGACAGAGUGUGGCAUAAGUGGGGGAUCAUAGACAGAGGUGUGAUAUGGGGAUAUAGUGUGAUAUGGGGGAUCAUAGAGUGAGUGUGUGUGAUAUGGGGGACUAUAGACAGAGUGUGUGGAUAUGGGGGAUCAUAGACAGAGUGUGUGAUAUGGGGGAUCAUAGACAGAGGUGAUAUGGGGAUCAUAGACAGAGUGUGUGAUAUGGGGGGAUCAUAGACAGAGUGUGUGAUAUGGGGGAUCAUAGACAGAGUGUGUGAUAUGGGGAUAUGGGGAUCAUAGAUCAUAGACAGAGUGUGUGAUAUGGGGGGAUCAUAGACAGGUGUGUGAUAUGGGGGGGAUCAUAGACAGAGUGUGUGAUAUGGGGGGGGGGUCAUAGACAGAGUGUGUGAUAUGGAGGUGGGGAUGUUGUGGACAGGAGUGUGUGUGUCUAAUGGAGGGGGCGGGGGGAAAGCCGUGUGUGAUGGGGAUUGGUGGCCAUGAUGUGUGUAAUGCAUAUUGGGAUUUAUGUAGAAAUACUUUUGAAUUUUGCACUCUGUUGUUUGAAAAGUGAUAGAAGAUGCAGGUUAUAGGUAGAAUAUAACCCAAUACUUGGUUGAAAGAGUUUAGUGUUUUUUCUCAUAUAAUAUUUUAGUAAAAUAUCCCUCCCCCAUUCCUAUGCUGGUUAGUUUAUUAUUAUUAUUUUAAUAAUAUAUAGUAUCAAUGAAGAUACUAUAACCAUUUUAUGUCCUUGAAGUGGUUAUAGUGUCUGGAGUCCCAUGGCGCUGUCCCUUCAUUCAGAUUCCCUGCAGUUUAGAAGGGAUGGGGAUGCCGGGGACUUCUGUUUACAUUAAAACAAAACAAACAAAAAACCCUAAAUGGAAGACUGGAGCUAUCGGACUCCAGACACACUACCCACUACAAUGACAAGAAGCCGUUACAUUGCCUACACUGUCCUGUUUUAAUGUGCUGUUCCUUUUGAGAUUAUAAAAACCUAUGCAUUCCACAUAUUGCCGGCCAAUUUGCUUGUGAAUGGUUUGACAAUCCAGAGUCCUCCGGACGCUCUUGCACAGGGCUUAGCUCAAUGCAGAGAGGACUCGGCUGUCAUGGAGAAAGCGAACAGUGUCCAUUGGAACAGGCUGCAGAGAUCUCCAGGCACCAUAACAACUGCAGCAGUCUGAUGUAGAUAUAGCGCUGGGUUGCGUUACUCCUACUCUCCAGGGUGAAACACAACACCCACGUCGCACUUUUAUAUAGAAAAUAACAUUUAUUAUAACAUUAAAACUUUGAAUAGCUCUUGCAGCUAUUGGAUUCUGUUACCUAGAAAAUUAUUUUAAACCACUUAAGCCCUGUCUAUACCGUAAGAGUAGAUUGCUUCCAGGCACUUUCUCAUGUACUGUAUACAGUGUAUCUCUGUCAGUAAUGGUAAUUGUAAUGCCUUGAGAGCCUCGCAUUAUAUAUGUAUAUAUUUUUUCUAUUCUCUAGAAUAGUGGGGCUGACUGAAAGCGCCUAAGAGGGGGGUCUUUUCAUAGAAUUAUGAGACAUCUGUUGACUCCUAACAAGCAUUGAGGUGACAAUCCAUAUUUAAAGUCCUUGGUACAAUAUAUGUAAGUUGCAAAAAUUAAUAGUUUUCUGUGUGAGUCCUCGAGUGAGAGGUUACUGGUUUAGCUGCCUUUACUGAUAUGGGGGGAGCAAGGUGUCAGACUGACCAAAUUCUAAUUGCACGCUUUUAACGGCAGCAUUUUAUCCAAUCACUUCCCUGCCGUGUUAAAUGGUUUUGUUAUAGCCGGUGUUAUUCUGCAUCCCCUCAGUGAUUUACUUUUUGAAUGUGUGUUAGAAGAAGUGGUGUUGUCACAUUUCUUCUGAAAAGCUCUCUGCUGCCGAAGGUCACAAGGCAAUUAAUAUCAAGAUUUCUUCUCUCUUCUAUUCUCCAACCCAUACAUGUGGGCUGAAACAUGACCGUGAGAAUGCAUAAUGGCUACUGCGGUGCUCAUUAAGGCAUCAAAGUGCCACCGAGUUUGAAAGUCAGAAUUUAUUUGCUGUGUUCACUGUCAAACGCAGUUUAGCUUAAGAAGGACCGGUGUACAAACUUACUACUAGAAGUCUGUGAGCAGGCCUCUGUCAUCCGGAGAUAAACUGUAUUUAACACUUCUUUACUGCGAUGCAUACAUCUUUCAUUCUAUUUAGUGUAAUACAGAACAAAUAAGGCUCCAAUAGAAAAAUAAACCAUAAAUAAAGGAUAACUCAAUCCCUGUGGUUUUAUUCUGGUGACUGUUCUGUUUUGCAGAAUGUGGAACACACCAUUACACCAUAAUUGCCUAGGGUAAUGGUUGGUUAUGGUGCGAGGAGUCCCCUGGUGUUAUGUCAAACCGUUUUAGUAUUGGUUGACAGAUUACCUGGUGGUACAGCGGAUUGAGCCUUCUCCAAUAUUAGAAACAAGGUGUCACUUUAAAAUGAAACAUAAACCCAAGACAAGUAUUGAUUGGCACACGUCCCUCAAUAGUCCGGAGAACCACCUCCAGAAUAGUUAAAGGGUUACUCCAAGCACCAUAACCACUUCAUUGACUUGAACGCUACACAUACAGAAAUUAACCUCUUAGCUGCCAGCAGUGUAACUCCACCUCCGGCAGCGUCAUUAGCCAACUGUUUUUUUUUUUGUUUGUAGUAUCCCUUUAAACCAUGAUAAAGAAUAUCAUCCCCUUAAUAACCUGGUGGGAGCUACAAUGACCUUCUCCCUUUGCAGGGCCAUAAUCAUUGGUUUACAUACAGAAUCAGUGGAGUGCUUUCAGCCAAUGGCACUGCUUUACUUUAAACCCCCGUGGACACGGCACUCAAUGGUGAAACCAACAUUCUUUAUUCUCGGUAUAACUCCACCUAUCCUUUAGCAAGCUUUCUUUAAAUUCGCUAUUAGGAUAUACAGUAACAUAGAAUGAAACUACAUUGCAACAAGAUGAAUUUUCUGUGUUUGUGUAGAAAUUGUAACCAGGCUGUAUUGUGUGUCUGUUUCUCUCUAAUUGCUGUUCACGGGUUAACCAUUUUAGAUUUAGUUUUCUCUCCGUCUUUUGACUGUCGGAUUUUCCUGCUGAUCAGAUUGCUUGUAAUACAGUUGAACAUUUCCGUCGUGAUGCUCCAAGUGUGUGCGUCUGUUAGUUAAGUGAACAAUUUCUGCUGCAAUGAAUGCUAAAAUAUAAUGAACAUUUUCAGAACAUUAGAAUGGAUAUUAUCGGUAUAAAAAGCUGCAAUUCACGUAAAGUGAGCCCACCAACAGGUGUUCUAUAUAGAAAUACAGAAUAUUUACCAGACCAUGCCAGUCCCGCCAAUCACAAUAUAGUAUACAAAUAAACAAUAAAGUGGGCAAGGAAGGAACUAUUUCCCCAUUGAUUUCUAAACAAAGUCCCUACUAUACCGUCAGUAUCAAUAUUUCCACUUCUGACUUCUGGUGUGCGUGUGGUGAUAUAAAUAUCGACCUUUUAAAGGAACACUCCGCACAAGCCAAGCUUUAUGUGUCUAGAUUGUGCUAUUUACUUAGAAAUUGACUUUUAUAACUGGUGGUAGGAACACCUCCUUUUGCCAAAUGGGAGGGCUGGCAAAGGGGAUUUUUCCAGUUUGGUAAUUUUGAACUUAAAUUUUAAAUUCACGUAGAAUUCCUUACAAUUCUCACUAUAAUAUGUUUUCUUCGCAAACUUAAAAGAGCCAUUCCAUACUACAAUCUUUAUUUAGUAGACCUACCUUCUAUGAAUACAACCAUGCGUUUUUCAUGCAUGUAUUUAUUGGGAGAAUAUAUUAAAAAAGUUUACAAACACCGCAGUUCUAACUAAUGGCAGUAUUUUCAAUACCUUCUAUUUUUUUUUACCCCUGGAAGAGACUAAGCUUCUUAACGGGAUAAAGCCUAUCAGAGGCUUGAAACUAUGUCCUGUGCGCACUCCUACUUCUACACCGACACACUACACCGCAUUCAGAAAGAUCGGCGGUCUGAGAAGGAGGUAUGCUUGGAGAGGCAGGUACGCUCAAGUAGAUCUGGGGAGGUAACGGAAGCAGACUGCUAAUGUCCCUGGCUUUUAGUCAAGAGCCAAGAGGGUGUUAUCAUUAAGAUGCUAAAGGAACAUGCCACUGCCCGAAACAAAAACACUGUUUAAUUAAUAAUGCUUUAUUAAAAAAAACAUUUGAAUUGGGGGGUAUAUCUGAAAUGAUCAGAUCUCCUUCUCUGCAGCCUUUGCAAGGCCUCCCCUUCUAACCCCGCCCAGACUUUCUGUGUUUGUCCAAUCACAGACUUCCCAAUGCAGCUCAGUGUGAAGUCUCUCCAAGGCAGGUGCUCUGGGCAAAGCUUUGGACAAUUGCUGCCUCUUCAGUUUAGCUCCACUGAGAGAAACAACCAGGAACAUGACUGGUUCUCUGACAGCCACGGAUGUGUAAGAAGAUGAAUUCUUAAAAGUGCCUAUUUCUAACACUCCACACAUGAAGCACUUUAGCAAGCUAAUAUUAUUUAGGUGUUUGGAGUGGUCCUCUAAAAGCACAAUUUAGUCUGAUUUGCUGUUUUCUUUAAAUUUUCAUUAUUAUUUAUUUUUAAUCUCCCUAUAGUUUUCAGGUAAAAUACUUUUAGUCCCUUUCUCUGUCCCUUAAAUUAUGUUAUUUUGCUAGUUUUUCACUGCAAAUGAUGAUCCCAACUUAGUUCCUUGUCUAGUGACAUCAUUCUAUUACCACAUUCAGAGACACAUGCGGUAUAUCCAGCAGACCUAUCAAACGUGGACCAGCACUCACUACAUUUUAACAGAGGGUGUCCGUGGCCCACCGCCACUAUGGCUUGAUAAAGAGAGACCCUAUAAUUGUGUUGAAACAAUGCUGCUGUGAAUACAUAUUCAGUGUACUUGGAUAUGAGUAAUAUCUGAGUUGUGUUUUUUUGUUUUGUUUUCAAUAUAAUCACAUUAUUUCCUCAAAAGCACACCAAUACCCAUCUCUACCUCCUGUACGGUGCCAUAAAGACUGAACCUGUAGAUGUUAUGAUGCUGGCAUGGCUUUAGUUUUGGAAAUAUACUUCCUCAUGCCUUGAUAAAUGCAUUCUAUGUAAAUGUUUAUAGCUUCUCCCAUUACUCGCCCACAUUACACCAGAUGUUACAGGAAUAUAGAGCAAAUCGCACACAUUACCCAUAGAGGACUGAAUGGACUCAUACUGUUUAACGGGGCAUGCGCCACAAGGCAGCACAUGGUAUAUUUAAUAACCACAUACAGCCAGCUGUAAUCCAUACAGAAUUGUUGGCCUCGGUGCUCUGCAGCAAUAGCUGGCGGAGGGGAGGAAAACGCUACACAGAUCAGCAGAACGUGCAACAAACACUGUGCUGCAUGUGUGUCAGUGCGUCGGUCUGUGCGAGUGGCUAAUGCAACACCAUGUGGGACAAACUCUGUGCAUUACAUUGGUUGUGCAUUUGUUUUUUGAAUGACUAACUCCAUUUCUCAUUGGGUACCAGUGUUUGAGGAGCUCCAGUGUAUUCGCCCUGUUGUCCAAGAGAUUUACGUUCUGUAUAUUUGCAUGGCAAUAGGUUCUCCCAACCAUGGGCAGAACUACUGCAGGUGCAAUGACAGCGGGCCCACCAGAGUUCUAGUGGCUUAUUCUUAGCAAAUACUUAGGGUUCAUAGGCAGGCAAAUAUGUCAAAAUCUAAUUUAGGCAGGGAGAGGGUUAAUUGUCUGGGAAAUGUGGCAGUAAAUGGGGGUGGGGGGAGGGUGAACUGGCAUUUGGAUGUAGGGUCUUGUCACUGUACAGUUAGUUAUUUGUCAGUGAGGAACAUUUGAUUUUGGGAAUGUUAUGGUGUAUAUCUCUGACCUCCAUAUAUGCAUUGCAGGUGAUUUCAGUAAUAAAGGUUUGGCAGUGGGAAGCCCUAUUACUCUGUAAGUGCAUGUAAAGCUCAUGCUGUCACAGAGCAGAUAGAUUAAACAGGGCUGGAAUAAUGAGUUUCAGGCACUGAUGACCCGCAGUACAGCUGAUAUACACCAUGCGCGGAGCUACAAUACCUGGUUCAAGGAUUGAAACGUUUCUUACUGACAUGGUAACGGCUGGGACCUGGUUCUAAUGGAUCACUAAUAACAUGAGGUCAGGCCUGUUUCCAUACCUACUCAUUUAGCCAUUUACUAAAAUGCGCACAGAAAGGGAAGAAGCAAUUAGAUCAGAGUCACGGAACACGUCAACAUCAAUAACCUUACUUAACCCCUUAAGGACCAAACCUUUGGAAUAAAAGGGAAUCAUGACAUGUCACACAUGUCAUGUGUCCUUAAGGGGUUAAAGCCGUAACGCAUAUUGGGCCCUUUGGUUAAAAUUACCUUUUUCUUUUCCUUUUUUUUUUUUUAAAUGCAUAAUAGUUGAAAAAUGACUUCUCAGAAUUUUUCAUGUUUUGUACAUACCUGUUUCAUGGAAGAGAUGGAAUGGACAGGAAGGAAAUAGAAGUAAGUGUAGCUUGUUUUGUGUGUGUGUGUGAGAUAUAUAUUUACAAUGUUAAACAAAAAUCUGCACAGCAGUCAAGCCAUAAGAUUUGCUUAUGCCACAGGAAUCACAAAAAAAACACAUUUUUGUAUCAUGUUUAGGUUUCAAAGAUGGGUAACAGACCAAUAGAAGUUGCUAUGCAAACAACUUGACACUGACUGAGUGCUGCGUCUUUAAUUGACAGAUUGACAGCCGUGAGAGAGAGCCAGUAGCCUGGCUGCUUAGCCAUUGAUUUUCCUAUCGACCUGGCACUGGGUUUCUUUCCUCGGUAUCUUUGUUGGAGAGGUGCGUCAGCUCAUUUGGAACUGUUGCAGUGUUGAGAUUUGAUUGUGAUCGCUUGAUAUUAUGGAGAAAUCCAAAUGAAUGUUCGCUCACGCAUUAGAACACAGUUGCCUCCCCCCCCAUCAGUGUUACCGUCUUGACUUUCUAAAGAUAUUAUUUCCCCAAACCUAUUGUAGCACGAAACUUAAAUGACCGCAUCCCCGUUCCUUAUUAUUCUUUUUGACAAAUCGCGUUGCUUUCCAGGUUUAAUGAAGUCAUUGAUACGCUAAAUUAAUGUCACCCUGUGUGUCCCCAAUCAGUGUAUGUGUGAUUACACUCACAUUGAGUUUUUAAUGGAGCCUACCAAGGUUCCCUAUCCAUGUGGCAGCCGGGAAAUGGGUGAAAGCACUUCUGACACUGGCAAUAAAGCAGUGAUCUGGUCAGUGUGCAAUAAAACAAAUUGCAGUAUUCUCCAGAGAGAUCUGACUGUAAUAUUGGGAAUAAAAUAAUAUUUAACGAUAAACUGUUAGAGGUCACCCAUUCCACUUACAGCAGAGGAUAGCGUUCCUAACAGUAAAAAAACAAUAACCAUUUCAAGGAUAUAAUUGAUGUGUGUGAGUGAACAGGUUGUUGAUCCAAGGAGAAAUCGGAGUGUCAUUAUGGAGUCAAGAUCUUUUUUCGUUUUUGUGGCAUGAUUGGAGAUGGCAACAAUAUGGGUUUUGUUUUCUUUAGAAUCAACAGCAUAAAAUAAUGUGUUUCAAGGCUGAACUUGAUGAACUUUAUUUUUUUCUUUCUUUUCAUCCUACACAACUAUGUAACUAAGAUGCAAACCAUUUCAUUUACUGUAAACUUUGUUUGCGAUCACUAUAAACAAGAAAUAAGGUGUUCUCAACUUGUGUUUUUCUCUUUAAAGAGAGGCAGCCUUGCAUGUAGUCAGAUGUCUUAAAAUAAAUCUAGUGCAGGUUUUGAUAUUUAUUGGCAUUGACUGAAUAAAGUGUGUGUUUGUUUUUUUUUUUUUAAUUAUUAUUAUUUAUUUAUUUAUUUUUAUAUAAAUAAAAUCAUUCCGAAAUAACUCACAUUGACUGACUGUGGAACUCCAACACAGUCUAAUGAUGUGAGUCAAAGUAGGGAUACAUUUGUUUUCAAGUUAAAGGGGCACUAUUGGCACCCACAUGAAGCGGUCUGUUUGCAGUCUCCCCCGUCCCUUUAAUCUUGUAAUUGAAAACAUUACAGGUUUAGAGAAACUGUCUUUACAAGCUGUCUCCCAGCCGUGCAUUCAGUUUCCCUCAUCACUGACUUCGGAGGAGGUAUAGAAAGACCUCGCCGCUGGAAUCAUUUAUUUGCCGGUAAUUUACCCCAGUCAUCUUUAGUAAAGUAUGUAAAGACCCCCAAAGGUGACAGACCCUCCUCAAUCGUGGUAUGGUAAAAAUGUAAACCAAAAGUGAAAUAUGCACACAUUUAUUUUCAUAAUGAUGUCCUCAUGUUUGGAGAUUGGUUGGUAAAGUGUGUUAACUCUUAUUUUUGGGUAGAAAUAAACCUGAAUGAUGCACUUUUAUAGUCAGGGGCACAAACUCCUCCCUGGCUGUCAAUCAGCCAAGCAUGAGCACUCCUGCCUGCCCCCUUCUUGGUGAGCUGUACUAAAAAUGAUUGAGAAGCAUAGGAAACCCACACACGCUCACAGCUCAGACGCCUCAAUGAGAAGCUUCUAAUUGGAGUGUCCCCAGGACUGUAGGUUCUGCAAGCUCAUUUUUUCUUUCUUUUUAUAUACCCCCACAAAAAUGCAUGCAUGUCUUCUUUGAGGGUAUAUCUACUAAUUCUGUUAAAAUAUAUUUCAAUGGGGUGAUGAUACCACAGGGAUCUGCUUCAUUGAACAUGGGAUGGAACCUCUGUGGAGGUCAGUACAUGCCUGAGGUCCGUAAAUAACCAAAAACGUACCCCUCUGUCCUUACAGGUUAAUUGUAUCUGAAGGAUGUCUUAACAAAUUCCUCUCCACCACUUGUAAACCAUCUAUAAAAUGUCGGUGCCCCUGACUUGACCUAGUCAAAGGCAAUUCCUUAGCUUUACAACAAAGCUAUAAACUAAACUGAGAUUUGUCCACAUUGUAAAAAUAAAUUAAAUAAACCCUAAAAGCUAUUUAUUUUGACCUCCUGCCAUACUCGUAUCUCCCUCUUUGCGCAAUAAUCUUUAGACUUCAUUACGCAGAAACCGGAGUGAAAAGUAUAUAUUUGUUAAAAUGUCAGCCAUGUGAGUAAGAUACUACUCUGGAGAAGAUUUAAUAGUUUUGUAUAGUUUGACAACUGAUUUCUCCCUUAUCUCAUCCCUUUAGUUUAUGCAGCGGAGUCUUGAUGCAGAGACUAAGAAGCAGUUAGAAGAAGAUGAGAAAAGAAUAAUCAGCGAUGAACACUGGUACUUGGAUUUACCCGAACUGAAGGAGAAAGAGUAAGUAGCCCAUCGUGCUCUGAUAAUUGCCCCUCUCAUGUGGUCGCUGUGGCGUUAUGAAGCAGGCGGAGGUUUAACAUGCGAUGUGCAUAGGAUUGGUUUGCUAGGUAUUGUCUGUGCUAGGAUCCUGCACGCAGUAUUUAUAGAGGUGUUAUUCGAAAUCGUUUUUUAAACGCACAAGGCUGUAACCUGCAAUAAUUGGAAAACUCUGGAGCUCUGCAGCCAGAUUUCUGAUGUCUCUAAUUUAUAGUCAGCCCUGCCAGCCACAAACCUCCCCCCCCCCCAACCUUCUUCUUGAUAGAUGUGGGAACAGCCGACUGUAUCAGGAAUCCUUAAACAAACUUGUAUCCCAGAUUUCCUGACUGUCUACUGUAACCCCUGUACAGCCACGGAGAACCUGCAGUAUAUUGUCCAGGUAGAUCAGUCUUUAUAGCUUUUCCAUGUGUUUUAUUACUUGGUCAUAAAUACUCCAUCCCUCCAGGGACUGUUUAACUGCAUCAAUUUUCUUUUUAACCUAGUAAAAGGCUACCAGUGUAAUAAAUGCCACAUUGAAUUAUUCACUUGGAAAAGAAUGUUAGCAUAAAACAAAUAAGACCACUUUCUAUUUCUAUACCCAAUAUAUUAAUGUAUUGUUAACAUAUUAUUAAUGCAUACUAGAAUUCAAUAUGGAUAAAUUUAAAAAUUAAGUAACACUAAAAUGGCUAGUUACACAGCUUUUUAACAUGGUCCAACUACAUAAAAGGGCGUUAAUGAGGCAUAUUUUCCUAUAUAUAUUCAGAGGGUUGCCCAGAUUACUGCAGAUAAAAGAGGGGUGAUCUGUGUAUAUAUGUUGGGCACAGGGGCAGGCCUCUGGUGGGUGCCAGUGAAUGCCGAUGGUCAAUCUCUAAUCCUCCAGCCAUGUUCAGAUGACUCCUGAGAAGACUGGGCCAGCUGACCACCUCUAAAAAAAAAAAAAACAAAAAAAAAAACUGUUCGUCAAUGGUUAUGUUGCUCGUAAUUUGGUCACUAGCAGUGGGCACCAGACCAAAAAACAACUUUAAUUACCAAGGACGUAUCUAUCUAUCUAUCUGUCUAUCUAUCUAUCCGGUUCUUAUUUUUCCGCUGCUCAGACACACAAAUGGAUGAUACUAGGUUUUAAAAUUGCUGUGUGCCUAUCACUUCUAAUAACGCUCUGGAUUCACUUACUGAAACCGUGUUUUCAUUGUCCCACGUUCUCAGGAGCUUUAUCAUUGAAGAGAGAAGUUUUCUCCCAUGUGAAGAUUUCCUUUUUGGCAGAAUGUCCUUCAAGGGGUUUAAUCCUGAGAUUGAGGUGAGUGUUAAGAGGAGCUCUGUGCCAUCUGCAUCCCCCAUAUCCUUCCCUCACCAUAGAAUAUAUCUCCAUUGCUUCUGUGGCAUUCUACACGCUCACUGCAAUGUGUUAUAUGAAUAUUUACCAGCAGGAGACGCUAGUCCCGGACCAGCACUAGGUCUGUAUUUAAUAUUAAGUAAAAUAACGAACUGUCCUGGGUGACCGUAGAAAUAACUGGGAAUAAAAGGACAUUUACACCAUGGAUAACCUGUGCUUUGAAAUGCAUAUUUAAUAGUUUUACUGGCUCUGUCCAUCAACGUGAAGGAAUCCAUGUUCUUGGCUGGAUUGCUGGAUUCAAUAUAAGGGGUAUCCGUGCAAUCACUGACUGGGUUAUACUUUAAACUCGUAUCAGACAAGAGAUUAAUACGCUCUUUUAUGUGUGUUUCUCCCCCAUUCUUACAGAAAUGCAGUGUAGAUUAUUUAGAGUGAUGAAUAGUAAAUUACAUUCAUUUAAAGGCAGGUGUCUAUAGUCUUGAAGACCACUUGGCUAUCACGUGGCUCAGGAACAGGACAGAUUGGUUUGUCUUCACCAGUGAAGUUUAAAUUUAGGCAUCUGUCUUUAAAGGGACACUAUAGUCACCAGAUCCACUGCCAGUUAAUGUAGUGGUUCUAGUGUCUCUAUAGCCUUUCCCUGCACUGGUAGCAUUGUAGACACUGUCUUUUAACAGAAAAGGCAAUGUUGUUUACAUUGCUGGCUAGUAAUACCGAGGCGCAGUCACUUAGACAGCCAUUAGAGGGGUUUCCCAGUGCACUGGCGUUCAGUUAAAUGCUCCCCAUAGAGAUGAGGAGACGCUGAUUGGUGUUUUGCUGCAAUGUCCAACAGCCUCCCAAUGCUUUCCUAUAUCCCCCCGUGCAGUCACUGUCGCCGGGAUCCUAGUUUCCUGUGUGUUACAAUAAUCUAACCCCCCACCUUCUUCUGCAGCAAUUACUGCUGCUUGGAAGCACUUACCCAUGAAGGGGGCGCUUUUCUUGUAAUGCCAAUGCACUGGCUUAAUUUCCAGCGUGUCAUUGUCUCUUGCUCCCCUUCCCGUGUUUCUCAAGCAAGCUGACUGCUUUUAUGUUUGCUGUAUGUAUGGGCCCAAACAUUAUUUAUUUCAUUUGUUUAGAAGCUGAUGGUUCAAAUGAACUCAAAGACAAAGGAUGAAGAGGUUGUAGAUGAAGGAAAAAUGGAAGUUGAUGUCACAGAUGAGGAGAUGGCGCUAAGGUAAGAUAUAUUUCUAUCUUCUGUUCGAACAGCAAUUUCCCAGGAGACUUGAGCGCUUGUCAGAAGAUCUUUCAGGCUGUGUCUCAGUUGUCAUUAAAAAAAGGUCAGGGAUACCAAAGGUCUACUGAUCAUUUAUGAUGUUUGGGUAUUACGUUUACCAGAAAAGCUAAAAGAAGUUAAUCGAAUCCCAGCUUAAACUUUGGUGUCGCGUGUAGUUAGGUACUUCUCACUGAAUUUGUUUAGAAAGUUAAAGUAAACCUAUGUCUGCGUCUACGAACUGCCUAAAAAAACAAACCCUUUAUACAUGCUGCAUUCUACUGUUUUUGUAUUCUGCCCUUUUCCCUUGGAUUACUGGCAGGAUCUAUCACAUCCAUGACAUUCUCACAUUUGGAAGGCAGGGUCCUCAACCCCCUCUGUUCCUGUGCAUCCAACUCGUCUUGUUGCAAAUACUUGUCUGUUAGUCCACCUAUUGUACAUCGCUGCGGAAUGUGUUGGCGCUUUAUAAGUAAUAAUAGUGUAAAUCCAGUGUGGCCUAAUGGGUCUGAUUUGUGUUGGACCUGUUGCAGCGUCUUGUCAUUUCCAUUGUGGAAAAUGCUGCAACCACAUGUCUGUUAGUAGAAUGACUGUCAUACAUCUUCCGUCUCAUAAUGUAAAACCACAAUUGAUAAAAUUCGAAUGGAAGUGCAGUGCUGAUGGUUUGCAUGGGAUAACCGGAGUGAAGUUAUCAAGGACAAUGCUCCACUCUACACAUAACUUACAGGUUACAGAAGAUAAGGCCUGGAAGUGUUGGUUUUUUGGUUUUGUUUUGCCUAAAAUAUAAAUAAAACCUGCUCCCUAGCUAAUAUUUGGGUUCCAAACUAAUAUUCAAAAACCUCAACACAAUAGAUACUCCAUAACACUUACGACUCACAAAUGAAUAAUGAAUGUGUAAAGAAAGACAUAACCCAUAAGAACAUGUGCAGAGGAAACUAAUGCGAUAAGAAGAAUCCCAGUAAUCUGUGGAUGUGUAUCUUGUUAAAGAAAUAAGAGUGUCUGUCAUUUGCCUCCCACCAUUUCUUAUAUUGACAUAAAUGCAUUGUACAGCGCUACGGAAUCUGAUGGCGCUAUAUAAAUAAUAAAAUAAUAAUUUAUGUUUGGUUUUUCUCCCUUAUUUGCAGAUAUGAGUCACUAGUCAGCAGUAUUCAGAAAAAGUUUGCGAAAAAGAGAGACCAGAAGGUGCUGGAGGAUGAUCAAAAUAGGAAUAUCAAAACCACCAAAAUAAAGAAGGCUUUCCUGAAGCCGCAGGAUUAAAUGCCUAUUUUUUUUUUUUUUAUGUGAAAAUAUUUUUUAGUAGUCGGUCUAAACAAAAAAGAAAUGCGUUGGUACACAUCAGACUGUAAGAUCAGAUGGCUAUACGGGUACAUUCAGAGUACAGAAAACCAUGGCAUCGUUAUGAAAAGUCGGAUCCUUUUCAUCCAGAGAAUAAGCGAACCCAGCAUGACGGCCUGAUUAGAAGACCAAAUAUUUAACUUUGUAUAAAGAAAUCUAUUUUAAAUAUCUGGACUUUAUAAGAGUGUUUUGUUUUGUUUACAGUAGUAUAUGAUGUUUGAUUUUCUAUGAUAUUGUUAAUUGGAAGUGGAAACAUUCUAGGAAGCGAAUUCAUAUGACGUGAAAGUUGUAUAGUGAGUGAGGACAUUUCCUGUAGACCUAUCAUGGGAAAACCUUGUUUAUAGCCACACAAUUGAAAACCAUAUUCUCAACGUGAGACUAAGUAUUGUACACUGCCCAAUUCUUCGGAACUUAAGCAUUUUCCAGAUUAGUUUUAAUUGGGAUAUUUUAUAUGAAACCUGAACAUAUGGGGUGGGGGGGAGGUUUGAGGAGCAUAGAGACCACUGUUAUAAUGUAUUGAAAAAUGUGUGGUUAUCUGUCAGAGAUCUGGAUGUUUUGCUGUGGGAUGUGGAUAUCAUGAUAUCUGGAUGGUUUUUCAUACCUUAAUACAUCGCCCCUAUUGCCUUUUGCACACCCAGGUUGCUCGUUGGUUUUGUAUUCUUGGGAGAGCAUCCUUUAAACUCGUUGGGGAUACCACUUGUGAUGUUAUGAGAAAAGCUUGCAGGUUUAUCCAAGAUGUGGGAAGUAGAAACCCCAUUGAUUUGAAUCAAGUGUUUUCCCAGCAUCUCUGUUCUUUAGUGUGUGUUUUGUGCUAGACUUGUGCAAAAAUUCCUUUUUAAUCCACACUGAAUUAAUUGAUCUGCGCAGAAUUAACUUGUGGUGUCUUAUUAAAUGAAUAAGACUCCACAUCCUGGAUGGAUUGACUUGUUUGAUUGUAGAUUAAAAGGUAUUUGAUUUGAAUGAAUUGGCUGAAAUGAAUUUUUGCUCAAGUCUAUUUGCCCCCCCAGUGUGUGAUUGACUAGUGGAGGAGGGAACAAGUUCAGAAAUGCUGGAUAAUAAACAUAGUGAAUAAUACCUGGAACAAGUCCAUGUUCUAACUCUAAUCUUUAUUUUAUUUUUUCUUAUUUAUUUUAUUUUUUUUAAACAAACUAAGCAGGUUUCAGAAAUAUUGACACGCGAUAUGGGCUAAUCAGAAAGUACUAAAUAAUGCUGCAAUGUAAACAUCUCAUGGCCAGUUUGGUUGUGUACGUAUAUUAAUGGCCUAAUUGUUAUCGCUGCACAAUUCAUGUUUUAAACCGUCUCUGGUCAAUUAUAGAAAAAUAAAAUAAAAUCCCUGCUUAGAACUGUAAGGAUUUAUUUUCUUAUAAUUUAUUGCAAUACAGUGAAUACAUUUUGUACGAUAAACAGCCUCCAGGUGAACU